CGCCGCCGCCGCCGCCGCCGCCGCCGCCGCCGCCGCCGCCGCCGCCGCCGCCGCGCCGCCCCCGGGGCAUGGCCUGUCUGAUGGCCGCCUUCUCGGUCGGCACCGCCAUGAAUGCCAGCAGUUACUCUGCAGCGAUGACGGAGCCCAAGUCGGUGUGCGUCUCAGUGGACGAGGUUGUCUCCAGUGGCAUGGAGGAGGCGGAGACGGACCUUCUGAAUGGACAUUUAAAGAAAGUGGACAACAACCUCACGGAGGCCCAGCGCUUCUCCUCCCUGCCUCGGAGAGCAGCUGUGAACAUUGAAUUCAAGGACCUUUCCUACUCGGUUCCUGAAGGCCCGUGGUGGAGGAAGAAAGGAUACAAGACCCUUCUGAAAGGAAUCUCGGGAAAAUUCAACAGUGGAGAGCUGGUGGCCAUCAUGGGCCCCUCGGGGGCCGGGAAGUCCACGCUCAUGAACAUCCUGGCUGGGUACAGAGAGACCGGCAUGAAGGGCGCAGUCCUCAUCAACGGCAUGCCCCGGGACCUGCGCUGCUUCCGGAAGGUGUCCUGCUACAUCAUGCAGGACGACAUGCUCCUGCCACACCUCACCGUGCAGGAGGCCAUGAUGGUGUCUGCUCAUCUGAAGCUGCAGGAGAAGGACGAAGGCAGAAGGGAGAUGGUGAAGGAGAUCCUGACAGCCCUGGGCUUGCUGUCCUGUGCCAACACACGCACCGGGAGCCUGUCUGGUGGCCAGCGGAAACGCCUGGCCAUUGCCCUGGAGCUGGUCAACAACCCCCCAGUCAUGUUCUUUGAUGAGCCCACCAGCGGCCUGGACAGCGCCUCCUGCUUCCAGGUAGUGUCCCUGAUGAAAGGCCUGGCCCAGGGGGGGCGGUCCAUCGUGUGCACCAUCCACCAGCCCAGUGCCAAGCUCUUUGAGCUCUUUGACCAGCUGUACGUCCUAAGUCAAGGACAGUGUGUAUACCGCGGGAAGGUCUCGAACCUUGUGCCAUAUUUGAGGGACUUAGGACUCAACUGCCCCACCUACCACAACCCGGCCGACUUUGUCAUGGAGGUGGCCUCUGGGGAGUAUGGCGACCAGAACAGCCGCCUGGUGAGAGCCGUGCGGGAGGGCAUGUGCGACUCUGACUACAAGAGAGACCUCGGGGGCGAUGCCGAGGUGAACCCUUUCCUCUGGCACCGGUCCUCUGAAGAGGUAAAGCAGACAAAACGAUUGAAGGGGUUGAGAAAGGACUCCGCCUCCAUGGAGGGCUGCCACAGCUUCUCGGCCAGCUGCCUCACCCAGUUCUGCAUCCUCUUCAAAAGAACCUUCCUCAGCAUCAUGCGGGACUCGGUCCUGACGCACCUGCGCAUCACCUCACACAUCGGCAUCGGCCUGCUCAUUGGCCUGCUCUACUUGGGAAUCGGGAAUGAAGCCAAGAAAGUCUUGAGCAACUCCGGCUUUCUUUUCUUCUCCAUGUUGUUCCUCAUGUUUGCCGCCCUCAUGCCCACCGUUCUGACCUUCCCCCUGGAGAUGGGCGUCUUCCUGCGGGAACACCUGAAUUACUGGUACAGCCUGAAGGCCUACUACCUAGCCAAGACCAUGGCCGAUGUCCCCUUCCAGAUCAUGUUCCCGGUGGCUUACUGCAGCAUCGUGUACUGGAUGACGUCACAGCCGUCUGACGCCGUGCGCUUCGUCCUGUUCGCCGCACUGGGCACCAUGACGUCGCUGGUGGCCCAGUCCCUGGGGCUGCUGAUUGGGGCUGCCUCCACGUCGCUGCAGGUGGCGACAUUUGUGGGUCCUGUGACAGCCAUCCCCGUCCUGCUCUUCUCGGGCUUCUUCGUCAGCUUUGACACCAUCCCAACCUACUUGCAGUGGAUGUCCUACAUCUCCUACGUCAGGUAUGGCUUUGAGGGCGUCAUCCUGUCCAUCUACGGCCUGGACCGGGAAGACCUGCACUGUGACAUCGAUGACACGUGCCACUUCCAGAAGUCGGAGGCCAUUCUGCGGGAGCUGGACGUGGAGAAUGCCAAGCUCUACCUGGACUUCAUCGUGCUGGGCAUCUUCUUCAUCUCCUUGCGCCUCAUUGCCUACUUUGUUCUGAGGUACAAAAUCCGGGCGGAGAGGUAAAGCACGCCGAUGCCACCAGGAGGCAAACCAGACACUGCGGCCAUGGGACUGCUGAGCGGCGGCGGCGUGCGCCGCGCCGGGGGACUCAGAGACCAUCCACCCAGCCUGGAAGCCAUGCGGCGUGGUGGCGACCAGGGCUCAUUGCUCUGCCCGACCGGGCUGAGUCUUCUCUCCUUUACCUUUUCUAGCUUGAACUAGGAAGAUGUAGGAAGGUUGGGAUUUUUGUUCUGUUCUGUUUUGUUUUGUUUUUACGUGCAGAAUUCAGAAGACUGCCCCUGGGGCAGGACUUCAUACUGCAACACCGCUGGUGACAAGAGGCUUCCUUGGAAAGUCUCUCCUGGCGCCCAGGCCUCCGCAGUCAGUCCCGCGUGGAUGGAGGGCCGUGGGCUGCUCCCGGGAGCUCGCGGGGAGGGAGGGCCGGUCCUGGAGUAGAUGUGACCGUGUAGAGACGCCUUCCAGUGACUUUGCUUCUCGUGAUUUCUUCUCAAUUUCACCUCUUUUCUGAGGAAGUCACUUUCUGAGCCAAAGUCGAUAAAUUACACUUGUUUUUAAAAAGUUCUAUCUUUUUAGUAAUUGUUGAGGAGUAAUUCAGGGUAAAUAACACUUCGCUUAAAGCUAGACGGGAUUUGACCUAGCCACAGGGUGGCACGCACUUACAGGCAGCACUUGUGCAUGGUUGGUGCCGGCUCCGGGUGGAGAGGUAGACGCCAUCACGCGAGCCAUGCUCAGAUGGAGUCGAUUGAGAGUCUUAAGAGGAUAUUGGCCAACUCGUUCAGGAACUUUGCUUUCUCAUGUGCUUCUUUAGUUAUGCAAAAUCGCCCCCUUCUUCCUAGCUUUCUGACCACCUUCCUUUUGCUCAGAAUGUGCAGGAGAUCAGCCCCGGUGACUUAGGGGACCAUUAACCCUCCAUUCUGUCACAUCAACUACCUCCACUGAGCCUGUGUCUGAGCGCUGGGCCACGGGGUGGCCCGGGCAGCGUGAGCCGCAGUGGCCGGGAGGCGGGCAGGCUGGUGGAGAUCACCUUUAGGAAAAUGCUGCCAUCUCCUGCCACAACACCGUUGUCCCAGAGUCGAGGUCUCUGGUGACAGAAUGCAUUUGUUUGUGAGCAGAUCAGUUGACCUCUCUGAGUCUCAGCACUGGGUCACAUUCAAGGUGGUUCUAGCUUGGAGGUGUCCUUCUGGGAGUGUUUGGCUGUGUCCUGAGCAAGGGAAAGCUCUGCAUUUUCCUUCCACGUGGACUUGGUUUGAAAAUGCUCAGAGCUUCUUUUUUAUUUUGUUCAUUUUCAGAUUUUUUUUUUUAGUAAUCACAAUUGAAAUGCACAUUACAGAGUCAUGCCAAGUUCACACACUCUCUACAAACAUGGGGUUGGCCUUCUAGCUUCAGUUUUAACCAGGGACAAACUUAGCCUUUAUAAAACAGUCGGCGCAGAGGCGGGCUGUGCGGCUGUGAGCUAGGGAGCUGGGAGGAGAACAUGGCGGUGACCCCACCUCGGGGCCCCAUGCGUGGGCCCACACGGAACCGUCCACGUGUCCAGGCCCGGGCUGGCAGCUUUGGUCAUGGCUCUGAUCAGGGCGGACUUGUAAGCCAGGAUCUACUAGGACUAUGCUGUGCAGGCCACCAUCCCUACUCCAAAGAUGGCUUCCCUGGCCCCUGAGAGCGAGGGCUGCUUCUCAGCCUUUUCAGAAAAACCUAGAGAUGCUUCUAGGUGUUAACUCUGGUGUCUGAGGGUGCCUGGUCCUCAGGAGCUCUGUCCUCGGGCCUUCAUGCUUCCAUGGGUCCCGUUUCUACUCCAGAUGCAGUGUAGUUACCCUUGCACAGACAAGAAUGUGAUCAGAGGGGCGGAGCCUGAAGGCCGCUGGCAGACAAGGUGACCCAGGGCUGUUUUUAAAGCAUGCUGACCAAAGCAGAUUGGGGUGGGGGCUGGAGGUUCCCCCCAUUCGCCCCCCGUGGGGCAGUGUUGCUCGCCGGCUCUGGUGGGCUAGAGAAGGGCCGGGGCUCUGCUGGGGGAGCUGCGUCCCGGCCCCGCUCCCCGCAUCGCACGCACGGGUGCCCGCCGCAUCUCCCCAGGCAGGGUGGAUGGGACGCCGGUGUCGGCACCUCUGCGUCCGUCAUUCCCUCUACUUUCUAGUUUUCGGAGUUGUUAAAAUGCCUUACUCAGUGCCCCAAGGGAGCAAUCCUCGCUUGCUGCUUUUUCCCAACCUGGGGUCCAACCCCAAACCAACCUUCAAACCCUCCCAGUUCCUCCUAGGGAACUUCCUAUUGUGAGGCUCUCCACCCACAGGAGGGAUUCAGCCUUGGUGGAGGCUGCAUGGUCUCCAGGGUGGUUGGCACAGGCGCGUGGAGAUCUCCAAAUGCGGCUACGCGGCAGGAGAGAGCUCGACGCUCCGGGCUGCCCCUCGGCCUGCACCCAAGGCUCUGACUGCCUCUCCUUCUACUCCCCUUCAAGUCCAUGGGGGAAUUGAGUGGCCAGUGUCCCUCGGGGAGGGGGCAGUCCAGGACAGGGAUGGCCAGUGAACACUGCUUUUGUCCCCUUGAGUGGCAAUCAGGACCAGGGAAUGGAACAUAAAGCUUUGAGGGGAAAGGUCACCCCAGAAACCUGGAGCCUCCUUCGGAGCAGAAGCUGCCUCUGGGUGUCUCCAAAGGAAGGAAAAAACCCUACAGGAUUCAGCACCUUGUGCAUAGUUCCUUGUGGAAGGUUCCAGAUGCUGUGCUAGAUACCCUACAGGCUCCUCUGUUCAUUUACCUGCUCACCAGACCUCCACUGGCCCACCCAAGCCUGGCUCCCGGCCCAUGCUCAGCCUUCGCGCCCUGCAUCAUGGAUGGACAUGUGGCUCCGGUGGCAGGGCCCCACAGCCCACCAGGGGCCCCGAGCCGGGGAAGGGCACAGGGGACCCCAUGCCAAGCUCCACUGCAGUCCCUGAACUUUGGCUUGGCUGAGCUGCCAGUGUCCAUCACACACACACACGUUCUAGAAAAUUCUUUGGCAGGUGUGGAAUGCAACGCAAGUUUAGCAGCUGUCCCGUUCCUUUCUCUGCCACCAGACACGGAGGGAUGAGGAGGUGUCCCAGCCUGCCCCCAGCUCCUCAGCGCCUGUGCUGGGUGUCGCUGGCGGGCCUGGUGGCCCAGGGCUGGACUCACCCCUGUGUCAGUGGCUGGUGUGAGCUCCCGGGGACUCUGGUAGGGCCGCGUGGCUCCGGGGGGAGCGCGCGUCUGUGCGUGAGUGAUCUCUAUCCACACAUCUGUCCUCGUGGGCAUAAGGCCGCUCUGGGCAUGCGUGCUCAUGGUGUACUCAUCUCAGAAGCAUACCAGCGUCAACCUUCAUUGUCCUUCUCUCCAAGAAGGACAGAGAAUGUUCUUUCAUUUUGUGCCUGUGGUGCAGACCGUAGAAGUUGGGAUGGGCGCCUUUUGUCAAAUGCCAGCUGAAGUAGAACGUGACCGACGUAAGACAGUACCCAGCGGGGCAGAGGGGGUGCAGAGUGCGUAUUCAAAGCUAGAGACUUUUAAGAAAUAAAGACUGCUAAUAAAGUAUUUUGUAUACACCUUU